AUGAGGAGAAUGAAAUUAAAAUAUCAACCACAAAAUAUGAUUUUUUCAGAAUUAAUCAAGAGAAUAACUAUUCUAUUUGAUGAUUUUAAAAUUAAAGGUCAAAUUGAAAUAAAUGGUCAAAUAUAUGAAAAGGGGGAAUAUAAACAAGACAUGAGAUAUUCUGGAUUCAAUGCUCAAACUUUCAAGAUUAAUCAUUCAAAGAUGCAUGAUAAAUCUGACGUCUCUGAUUGGUAUUUUACAGGAGAGAUUAUUUUCCGCAAAAAUAAUUUUAGAAUAGUAAAAAGAUCUAAAACUGGCAGUGGUGGUAAUCUACUUAAAAAGAUAAACGAAUACAAAGGCGAAAAUUGUUACAUACCAAGCGAUGGUUAUUGUUUUAUAAAGUGUGUAAAUCACUUCAUGAAUAAAGACUUAAUAAAGGAAUUUCAAGAUUUCGUCUACAGUUUUCAAAAAGCAAAAAGAAAAGGAGUGAUGACAGUUGGAGGAAUUAAGAUAUUCAACGAUCGAUUUAAUACAAAUUUUCAAAUCUAUAACCCUAAAGACAGUCAUUUUCAACCAAGAUAUGUAAACAUAGACUUAGAUUGGGUUUUUUAUUUACACAAAGAACAUUUCUGUUUGAUAAGAAGAAAUAACAAAGCUUUAGGUAUUAAAGAAAUAGAAGAUAAUUACGAUGAAAAUGUAUGGAGAACCUGCAGAAAUGAUGAUGCAAUAACAUGUUUUGCUCAGUUAAAACUAAACGUGAUUUCACAACCUCAUGAUGAUACUUUAUUCGCUUGGGAUUGUGAAACCUAUAGCGAAAAAGAAACGAAUAAAGCUAUUCCUUAUUGUUGUACUUUAGUCAAUUUGGAAAAACUAAGGAAAAAACUAGAACUAAUUAAAAGAGUAUUCCCAGGUUUAAAGCCAACUGAUCCCAUUCCAGAAGAAUUUUACAACAAACUCAUGACUAAUAUAGUAGAAAUAUUUGUAGGAACAGAUUGUUUCGAUCAGAUGUUGCGUCGUUUAGGUACAGUAGAUCAAAAACACUAA